AACUUUGUGGUUUGCGUUCGAGUUCAGUCGCGCUUGGGUCUCCCUGAGUUCACCAUUUAUUUUAGCCAGGGACGAGUAACGGACGUCGAAUCGGAUCGGGUCGCGUCGCGUCUCCCCGAGAUACCCAGAGUCAAUUCGAGUCAAGCUAAGUCAGGGAAAAAAAAAAGGAAAGGAAAAGGGUUGCCGAAGGAGACGGCGGCGGCCAGAAACAAGUGAAAUCUAUUUUCGAGUUCCUAACGCGGGAUAAAAACAGUGGUACCUAACAUAACAGUGGAGAUCUCGAGUCUUAUCACGUUCCGGACAAGGUCACGUGGUCUCGGCGAUUUUCCUACCUUCGCCUCUCUGUUCGUCUUUCGGAUCGAGCUCUCUCACCUGUUUGGCACAGCAUAUCCUUCGCUCGAAAACAAGGAGAUUCGAAUCCCGCGAAGCGUAAUCCUCGUCGUCUUCGUCUUGGUCAACCUAUCGUCGUGAUAAUCGUUAUAAUCGCGAUGGCAGGUGCGGGGGAAGUUUGGGUCCAGUGGUUCACGUGUUGCCUCACGCAGCAGGGACCGGGGGCCCGGAGCAAGAGACAAAGGCCCCACCAGCAGCAGAGGCUAAGGAUAGACCGAAGCAUGAUCGGGGCACCGACGAACUUUCAACACACCGGGCACAUCGGCAGCGGUGAUCUCGAUAUGGCGAACGCUCAUUUGUCCGCCAUUCAGACGCAGAUGCAGGGCAAGGGAGGCUACGAGGCCUCCUUUGGCGUUAAGGCUUGCUGAGACACGGUCGCCCCGAGGGCAUUGGAGACCGACUUGUGAUGAUCGUCCCUAGGGAUAUUUUGAACGUGUUGACGAUAUUUAAAAUAUGGCGACGAGAGGGAGAGAGAGAGAGAGAAAGAAAAGUGCCGUUGUACAUAUAAGCUGCUAUCGCUGCACAACCGCUGUUGAAAAAAAAUCGUUUGUGACGAAAGUCCGUUUACUAAUUUCGGACUGACAACUGGGUCUUAUGACGUUGAGCGUUGCAAACGUUUGGUCAAUCGGAGGUGUUCUUUUUUUUCUUUCUCGUUCUUGUUUUGAUUUUUAUUUUCCUAAAUAAAUAAAUAAAGUUAUAUAUAUAUAUAUAUAUAUAUAUAUAUAUAUAUAUAUAUGCGCGGUCGCGAGUGAAUGUAAAAGAGA